UUCAGAUCUACAGUUUGAAGAUGGGUGUAACCAACAUGUAAAAGAGCUGCAGCCUCCAUUCACUGCAGAAACACAUGCUGUUUAGAUCAGAGCGCAAACUAGUUUCACUUCUCAGAAAGUGAAACUCAGACAGUCGUUGUCACUGAGAGGUGAAAUGGCGCAGCAAGGAGUUCAGCUGGACGGAGCAAAAUUCUGCUGUUCGAUCUGUCUGGAUCUACUGAAGGAUCCGGUGACUAUUCCCUGUGGACACAGCUACUGCAUGAGCUGUAUUAAAGGUUUCUGGGAUGAAGAGGAUGAGAAGAAAAUCUACAGCUGCCCUCAGUGCAGACAGACCUUCGCACCGAGGCCUGUCCUGGUGAAAAACACCAUGUUAGCAGAUAUAGUGGAGGAGCUGAAGAAGACUGGACUCCAAGCUGCUCCUGUUGAUCACUGCUAUGCUGGACCUGAAGAUGUGGCCUGUGAUGUCUGCACUGGGAGGAAGCUGAAAGCCCUCAAGUCCUGUCUGGUGUGUCUCGUCUCUUAUUGUGAAAAACACCUCCAACCUCACUAUGAAUCACCUGCAUUCAAAAAACACAAGCUGGUCGACCCCUCCAAGAAGCUCCAGGAGAACAUCUGCUCUCGUCAUGAUGAGGUGAUGAAGAUGUUCUGCCGUACUGAUCAGCAGAGUAUCUGUUAUCUCUGCUCUGUGGAUGAACAUAAAGACCACGACACAGUCUCAGCUGCAGCAGAAAGGACUGAGAGGCAGAGAGAGCUCGAGGUGAGUCGACAAAACAUCCAGCAGAGAAUCCAGGACAGAGAGAAAGAUGUGAAGUUGCUUCAACAGGAGGUGGAGGCCGUCAGUUGCUCUGCUGAUAAAGCAGUGGAGGACAGUGAGACGAUCUUCACCGAGCUGAUCCAUCUCAUCCAGAAAAGAAGCUCUGAUGUGAAGCAGCAGAUCAGAUCCCAGCAGGAAACUGAAGUGAGUCGAGUCAAAGAGCUUCAGGAGAAGCUGGAGCAGGAGAUCAAUGAGCUGAAGAGGAAAGACGCUGAACUGAAGCAGCUCUCACACACAGAGGAUCACAACCAGUUUCUACACAACUACCCCUCACUGUCACAACUCAGUGAACCUACAGACUCAUCCAGCAUCAAUAUCCGUCCUCUGAGAUACUUUGAGGAUGUGACAGCAGCUGUGUCAGAGCUCAGAGAUCAACUACAGGACAUCCUGAGGGAGAAAUGGACAAACAUCUCACUGACAGUGACUGAAGUGGACGUUUUACUGUCAGAACCAGAACCCAAGACCAGAGCUGAGUUCUUAAAAUAUUCACGUGAAAUCACACUGGAUCCAAACACAGCAAACACAGAGCUGUUAUUAUCUGAUGGGAACAGAAAAGCAUCAUUAGAGGAAGAAGAACAGUCUUAUUCUAGUCACCCAGACAGAUUCAUUGAUUAUUGUCAGGUCCUGAGUAGAGAGAGUCUGACUGGACGUUGUUACUGGGAGGUGGAGUGGAGAGGAGGAGUUGAUGUAGCAGUCGCAUACAAGAAUAUCAGCAGAGCAGGAAACUCAGAUGAAUGUGGAUUUGGAUGCAAUGACAAAUCUUGGUCUUUAAAUUGUGACAUUGACAGUUAUACAUUUAUGUUCAACAAUGUCUCAACUCCCGUCUCAGGUCCUGGUUCCUCCAGAGUAGGAGUGUACCUGGAUCACAGAGCAGGUAUUCUGUCCUUCUACAGCGUCUCUGAAACCAUGACUCUCCUCCACAGAGUCCAGACCACAUUCACUCAGCCUCUCUAUGCUGGACUUUUUCUUUACUCCUGUGUCGGGGACACUGCUGAGUUCUGCAAACUCAAAUAGACAGAAGUCAUUUAAGGGACAGUCGGUUAAAUUCUGAGUUAAUUCUUAAAAUGAUUUUGUCUCUGUCAUUGUUGCUGAGAGCUCGUUGCUGCAGUGUUUCUGCACAGAGAUCAGCUGUCAAUCAAACAUUAUGGUCAACUUUGACAUCUUCUCAUCUGUUGUUAUGUAAAUAUUUGAGUUUCUUUAGUUGCUGCUCUUUCUUGUGUCUGUUUCACCAUGGAGGCUUUCACUGAUCAUGAUGAUUGUGUUUUAACUUUAACUAUUGUGAUAAUAAUCAAUGAGGAGAUCAUUUAUGAUGUUGUUGUACAUAGCUGACAUUCUGGGUUAAACUAACUGAUUGUGUGGAUGAAGUGAAUCUGAACAUGAAAUCAUUGAACAA